UUUGGUGCCGCCAGCCAGGCGAGUCCCUCCUGAAAUGGGGUUCCUCGGAGUUUUGCCCAUCCUGAUACUAUUCAUUCUCUUGGGGGGUGUCCAGGAACCUGGGCUGGUGGAGGCAUUCUUUCUAAGGCAGUGUCCCCGAAACAGGGUAAGAUGUGAAAUACAAGAAAGAGACCUAUGUACGAACAGCAGAGAUUGCCCAAGGAAGAUGAAGUGUUGCAUGUUUAGCUGUGGAAAGAAAUGUUUAGAUAUCAGCAAAGAUGUGUGCACUUUGCCAAAGGUUCCUGGCCCCUGCAAUGCCUUCUUUGUGCGCUGGUGGUAUGAUCAGCAAAAAGAAAUCUGCUCCUCAUUUAUCUAUGGAGGUUGCCAAGGGAACAAUAACAACUUCCAAUCUGAAGGUGUCUGCCGUGCUAUCUGCCCCCGGAGAAGUAAGUCCCAGUCUCCAUGCUAA